AUGAGAAUUCGUUGGGCUGUACUAUAUCAUUGGUUCUUGCCGAGAAAGUUCAAGAUCACUGUCACUGUGCCUACGGAUAACUCUGUUGAUCUUCUCACCAAUGACAUUGGCGUUGUUGUUGUCUCUGAUGAAAAUGGGGAACCACAGGGUUUCAACAUAUACGUUGGUGGAGGUAUGGGAAGAACACACAUAAUGGAGUCUACUUUUGCCCGCAUUGCGGAGCCAUUAGGUUACGUGACUAAGGAGGAUAUUUUGUAUGCUGUGAAGGCCAUUGUUGUCACUCAGAGAGAACACGGGAGAAGAGAUGAUCGGAAAUACAGUAGAAUGAAGUAUCUGAUCAGCUCAUGGGGGAUUGAAAAGUUCAGACAGGAUGUUUGA